UCAAAGAGCACAUUUAAUAUCAGUUUUCGGAGAAAGCAGCACUUUAGUAUUCGAAAAAACCAAAAUCGGAGUAAAUCAUCCCUCAGGUUUCUUCGAAAUUCGGAGUAAAUCGUUCUUAUCUUUUCUCAAAUUUGGGAGUAAAUUGUUCAUAUUUUUUAAAAAAGUAUGGGGGGGUAAUCCUAUGUGCUAAUUAUGCUAGCACAGGGGCCCGGCUGACUCAGGAGCCCAAUCGAACGGCUUAAGCCCUGCAUUUUGUUAUUAUUAAAAAAAAUACAAAUUGAUGUGUUAAAAAUGUUAAUGAUCAGCACAGGGGCCACAAAUUUCUUAAAACGGCUCUGGUUAUAGCCAAAAAAAUCUGUCAUCAAACUUUAUUAGGAACUCUCCACUUUUAAAGGCUACAUUUCAUCUAGUAGUAUUUGGUAACUGUAACAUUAUGAAGAGGUAUACGUUACUAUUUGUCCAAUGGAUAACAAUAGUACUCGAUCAUCUGGUCUAUGUAAAAUGAGAUGUCAUCUUGAGAAUUGCAAGGUUGUUUUUCUAUGCGAAUACACAAUGGUUUUGAUCAAAUACGAGAAAAAUAACUUUGUUCUUUUCUGUUCGACUUUCGUUUAAGCGAUCUUCAAUAAUAAGGGUAUACAGGUAGAUAAUUUGUCAUUUAUUGUUUCUUCAGUAACGUCUACAUUUAUUUUUGUGUCGUUCAAGAUAGUUUUCCUCAUUUUUUAUACCGUAAUGUCGACUUUAUCCAUUUUAUUCUAGUACAUAACACAAGUAUGAGUUUAUUAAAAACGUUACAAGCAGAUAGCUGGAUUAUUCGUUUGGCAUCAAAUCAUAUAGGUUAUAUAUCAUGUGCAAUUCCACUUGUGGGAUUAUUUAUUGUAUCGAAGAAAGCGACAUAUCACAAAUUACCACAUCCUGUAAGAUGGUUAUUGACAUCAUUAAUACGAUUAUUCAUAUCAGAUGUUCCAUCAAACUCAAUUCUUACGGAUGGUAAUAGUAAAGAUACAAAUAUACAAAUUUCUGGCCCAAUUAGUACAAGCGCCACAGCAUCUUCAUUCUCCUCAUCUUCUUUUACCCAUCGACGGAUUGUUCAAUUACUAGUAUCAUUCAUUGGUUUACAAAUAAGUUAUUUACUAUGGGGCCUAUUACAGGAACGUAUUAUGACUCGUACAUACGAUGGUGAAAAAUUUAAUAAUUCACAAUAUCUUGUAUUUAUGAAUCGUAUACUGUCCAUGUUUGUAUCAUACGUAUGUUUUAAAAUAUUCUGUAGAAAAAAACUGUUAGUAAACAAUACCAAUACUUUAUCAGGAGUAUAUUCUGCCUCUCCUCCAUUAUAUCAGUAUGGUAUUAUAUCUUAUGCAAAUUGUAUGUCUACAUGGUUCCAAUAUGAAUCAUUAUUGUACAUUAGUUUUCCCGUUCAAGUUAUAGCGAAAAGUAUAAAAACGAUUCCUGUCAUGUUAUUUGGUCGGUAUGUAUCAAAUAAAACUUAUCCAAUAAGACAGUAUCUAUUUAUGUUUAUAAUGGCAUUUGGUAUUGCAUUGUUUUUUUUGGGCUAUAAUGAAAAUAGUCCCGUUAAAGAAACAAUUACUAAAACUCCAACAUCAAAACAUAAUCGUAUAACCACAGCGAGCGGUGUUAUUUUACUCGGAUUAUAUCUCGGAUUUGACGCUUAUACAUCAAAUUAUCAAAAAUAUGUAUUUGAUCAUUUUCAAAUAACAUUUCUUCAUAUGAUGUUUUAUGUUAAUUUAAUAUCUACAUUAUUAACACUUACAUCAUUAAUAUUAAAUAGUACAUUUUUUCAAUGUAUUUAUUUUAUGCAAAAACAUCAACAAUUUACCUAUCAUGUUCUUACCAUGUCGGUAUGUUCAGCAAUUGGACAAUUAUUUAUAUUUUCAACAAUUGAAGAAUUUGGUCCUGUCAUAUUUACUAUAAUAAUGACCAUGAGACAAGCAUUUAGCAUUGUAUUAUCAUGCCUAUAUUAUAGACAUACCCUGAGUCUUGUAGCAAUAUUAGGUUUACAUAUAGCAUUUGCAGCAUUAUUUUCACAUGCCUAUUUAGAAUUUAAAAAAUCGAGACAACCACGAUCAAACAUUCAAAUGUCAUCUAAAACAUCAAAUGAUGAAAAUCAGACAAAAGGAGUGAACGUUGUUCUUCUUGGUGCUCCCGGCUCGGGGAAAGGUACACAAGGCUCUAAAUUACGUGAACGUUAUGAAAUAUGUGCAAUUUCCACUGGUGAUCUUCUAAGACAUGCUGCCCAAGAUAAAGAGUCGGAUGUUGGAAAGCAGAUUAAAAAGACAAUGGAUGCUGGUGGUUUAGUAGAUGAUAAUAUUGUAAUGAAAUUAAUUAAUUCGAAUCUGAGUAAACCAGAAUGUAAAAAUGGUUUUUUGUUUGACGGAUUUCCACGAACAAUUUAUCAAGGUGAACAAUUAGAAACAUUAUUAGAAUCGAGAAGACAACGAAUUGACGCUGUUCUAGAAUACGGUAUUGAAGAUGAUAUACUAAAACGUCGUAUACUCGGUCGUCUAAUUCAUAAGCCAUCUGGUCGAACGUAUCAUGAAGAAUUCAAUCCGCCAAAAGAAAAAAUGAAAGAUGAUGUUACUGGUGAAAAAUUAGUUCGUCGUUCAGAUGAUACAACCGAAACACUGAAUGCUCGUUUGUCAACAUAUCAUACACAAACAACACCUUUAAUUGAUUUUUAUCAACAACGUAAUAUUCAUCGACAUAUUGAUGCCACAAAAAGUGUCGAUGAUGUUUAUAAAGAAUCCCUAGAUGUUAUUGAACAUUUACGGUAUGAACCAACAUAUAAACCUAUGAAUAAAAAAGGUCCUCUAGAAGAUCGUACAACAAUGGCAACAUUAAAUAAGCAAUUAGAAACAAAAAUUGAACAAGAUGAUAAUUUUUUAACGGUGAAAACACAACCAGUUACGGGCAAAUCAAAUGUACCGGUUGAUAGUUUGAAUAAAGAUUUUUUAUUCAUUUAUAAAACAGUGACCGAUAUAUUGCGUGAUAGAGGAUUAAUUUAA